UCCUGUCUGCCCAGCCAGACUAACCGACCCAAGUGAGAAGUUGAGCUCUCUCUCUAUUUGUUGGUUUUCGUAGGGUUUAUUAGGGACAAAGUAAAAGGUUUUAGGGUUCUGCGCAAUCCCAAAUUUGCAAGCUUGUUUUGCUCUGUGAUCAACAAAGAGAUGGGGAGGGCACGAAAAGGUCCUAAGUUCGCAGUCAUGAAGAAGGUCGUUACCUCCAAAGCAAUUAAAAGCUACAAAGAGGAGGUUUUGAACCCAAACAAGAAAGAUCUCACCAAAGAAAAGCUACCAAGAAAUGUGCCAAAUGUUUCGUCGGCGCUUUUCUUCAAAUACAACACUGCGUUGGGGCCGCCAUACCGGGUUUUGGUCGAUACUAACUUCAUCAAUUUCUCUAUUCAGAAUAAGUUGGAUUUGGAGAAGGGAAUGAUGGAUUGCCUAUACGCAAAGUGCACUCCUUGUAUCACGGAUUGUGUAAUGGCAGAGCUUGAGAAGUUAGGUCAGAAAUAUCGUGUGGCUCUGAGGAUUGCCAAGGAUCCUCGUUUUGAGAGACUACCCUGCACUCAUAAAGGAACCUACGCUGAUGACUGUCUCGUUGAAAGAGUUACUCAGCACAAAUGCUACAUUGUUGCUACAUGCGAUCGAGAUUUAAAGCGAAGGAUCCGAAAGAUACCUGGUGUGCCAAUCAUGUACAUCACUCAACACAAGUAUUCAAUUGAGCGGUUGCCAGAAGCAACAAUUGGUGGAGCUCCAAGAUUUUGAUGAUGGGGAUGUGACCUUUACAAAGCAAAGCAAAGGCUAGUUCCACCAUGUGAUGCGAAUCACAAGCUGAGAGACCAGCAACAAAAACGUCUCUGGCUUUUUUUAAAUCUUUGGUAAUGCUCUUCAUCAAGGCUAAGUUAUCCGUUUUCGAGUUAGGUGAAUUUUGUUUCGGUUAGAACUUGUGAACUUUUUUCAUUCAUGCUAUCAUUAAAGAAGAAAUGGAUAGUUACUCAUGCAACUCU